AUGUCGCAGGUUCAAGUGCCACCUGGAUUCGAGGCAAGCUGCCGCAAAGCUGUUUGUUCGGAAGCAGGUGCUACCAGCCUUGAUCCAGCUGAGGAACUGAAGGCGGAGUUAAUAAAGCAGGUCACAGAAGCAUGCAAAGAGCAUGUGAAUCAAAAGACCCAAGAAGCGGUAGAGACUCUCUGGAAGCGUGGGCAGAAAACAAUCCAGUCUAUGCAGCAGCAGCACGCCGCAACAACCGAACAACUCCGGAGCCAGCUGGCUGCUUGCACCGAGUCACACCGAAGUCUUGAGCGUGAAACUGUGGUCUUGCGCGCAAACUUGGAGGCAAUGAUGAAGCAUUUGACCAUUCUGUUUGGGGUUCCUCCGCAUUGCGACCCUACACUUUCAACCAGCCUGUGGAACUUCGAGAACAAGGAUGCAGAAACAACCUUCAGUGAGGAAGAACACCAUGAUAUGGAAGAUCCAACUUAUCCAUUGUCGUGUUUUGGUAGUGACAAUGGCAGUCAGGGCCCCGUUGCUGGCUCUGGGGGAACUGGAUCUGAAACUGAACCUUCGCCUACAGCUGAAGCAGCCGCUGGGUUCUCCAAUCCGCCGGCAACAUUUUCGCUGAUGCUUCGCUUGGCCGACAACGUUCCGGUCGGUUUACAAGUUAAAGGUGAAGAGGGUUUGUUGGUAGAAAAGAUUCUGCCUGGUGGGGCCAUCGAAGCGUGGAACAAGCAGUGCCCCGGGGAAGUCAGAGAAAUCCGCCCUGGAGAUAGGAUCGUCAUGAUCAACGGGCAUGAGGAUUCUGAAGCUAUGCGCCACGAAUGUCUCACCAAGCUUCUUUUGAAGAUGACCGUACAGAGGGUGGCAAUGUGA